AUGUCUUCCAUCGAGUACCGCAAUUUACUGUAUGAAAUAAGCCAGGAAGUCAACUGGCUUUCUGAAAGCGAGCGAUUAUUAUACAUUUUCGGAGGAUUCAUUCGAGAAGGAAGUGAGCACAGAAUUCAUGAUGUCCUAAGUUUGUUUAAGGAGCUGCAAGAGCAAAAACAUCUAGGAAUUGAUAAUCUACAACUACCAAAAGAGAUUGUGAAAGGAAAAGGGAACUGGAAUCUUCUGGAAAGAAUCGAGAAGUUCGAAAUCAAAAGAGAGGAAUUUAGGGCAUUACUCGAAACCGUUAGCCGAGUACUCGACGAAAGCGGUCAUCUAGAACGGCUGGUUGCAAUUUGCAAGGGGAGGAUAGCCGAGGAGACAGAACACAGAAUAGAAAAUGCACGCGCGCUGCUUACAGAAUUAGAAAAUAACAAUGUCUUAGCCGUUGGACAAGUAGGAAUUUUAAAGACUCUAGUGGGAGAAGACAGGCCAGAUUUGCUGCAACAAGUUGAGGAAUUCGAGAGGAGGAGAGAACAGGAAGAAACCAAGGAGAGAAAAAUAAAAGAAUCAGAGGAUGCGAAGAGAAGAAGAAAAGGUUAGUUAUUCGAUAAGAAAUUGGAAACACUUCACACGUGCAUUUGGUUUAUAAGCAAUCUGGUUAAGAGAAAAGGCGGACUGCAAGCAGUCAACAAAUUAGUUAACAAAUAUUGAAUGAAGUGUGGUUAAGUAUAUACUAGAAAUACGUUUUCGCAAAAAUCUCGCGAAGCUAACAGGGUCAGCAGUGAGAAUAAACAGUAAAAAGCCAAAAGGUAAAAAAACGAUGAAAGAAAGAAAAAAAACUGGAAGAUGCCACGCCGGGAUUUGAACCUGCAUUCCAACUUCCUCCGGCGAAAAAAAGGGUGACUUUUAACCACGGGGCCAUGCGACCACUACGCAGGUUGUUCCCGAAAAAUAAUACUGUUCCCAGGGAGGGUACUCGGGAUUUCAAGUGACGGGUGUACUGUCUCUAUUUGUAAUAAUCAUCGCACUUUGUAAUACCUGUCGCAAUUUGUAAUAAAUCCAUCGCACUUUGUAAUACCUGUCGCAAUUUGUAAUAAUUCCAUCGCACUUUGUAAUAAUUUUUUGAGUGUGAUUCAACUUACUUCGUCAACAUUAAUAUAAUGCCAAAAUAUGCAUGGUACUUCAUAAACAAAGAUGGUGAAGUCUGCUAGCACGUAACAUUUCCGUAGCAUUUUCUUUGGUCAAACAUGCAUGUCUUCCGCUAUAAAUUUUUCUGCCUUGAUUAAUCACGUCACCAACUAGAAAAGCUUGUAUGAAAGACAUGAAACUUCCUGUGACAUAUAACCAAAAAGAUAUGAAUCAUGUUUAAAUCCAAGAAUAUUUAAAUAACAAAAGCAACAUUUAACAACAAAAAAUUCAUGAAUAACCUGGCAUUCGUCGUCCAAAUCCAUGUUUGCUUGCCACGUGACACGUGAAGUCUUCGGGGGGGGGGGGGAUAAUCCCAUAUAUUGAUGGGCUAGAUAGGUAAGUACCGCCUGAUAGGGUAUGGUUUUUGAGGAUCUCGAGCGUUUAAUAGGGUAUCAUUUUUUACGUUGUUGGCCUUGUGUCUUUGGUUUGAUCCUAAGAUAGGGUAACUCAAGUAGUAAUGGAUGGUUUAUUCCAUCCUUUCCAUUUUGUGGAAAAACAGUAAUCCAGAACACGCUCGGAAGAAUUGCAAGGUCUUACGAGCUGUAUAUACGCAGGGAAGGAUAAUCUUUUACUAUCCCGGCCCCAUGGUAUUUGCUUUAGAGGACUCCUUAUAGAAAACAAUUGUUUUAAGAUGGAAUGAGUACUCCUUUUGUUCCUAUAUGGGUCCAAAUCAAGUGAGAAUAAUGGAACAAAUGGCCAGCCGGCUCAGUGUAAGACCUCAAGUGAGUGUUAUAAAAACAGGUACAUACGAAGGUAUUGGCCGGCGACUAAUUGGAUUUUGUUUUUAGGUUUCUGUUGUGGUUCGACGGUUUGCCACUGGUGACGUUUUUUUUUUUAUUUGCGGUAAACAUUUUGAAUCUUUCCAGGCCUCGUUUGAUUAAGUUGGCCAAAAUAUAGAAGCCACUAUUACUUCUUUAAGAUUGCGCGUUAGACAAGGACGGUGCACCACGUGUUGUUUCGACCUGUUAUAAGAUCUAACAAGGAUUGCUUGAACUCUCGUGCAGGGUGUAGCGUCCAUAUACGCACGUACGCCCGUGCGUACAGCUGAGAUCUGAGAAAAAAUUUUUUCUCAUUAAAUUUGCUGGCUAAUAAUUGCAUAUUUUCACAUUAUACUGGCGUUUUUUAUUAGAAUUCCCAUUAUCCAAGUGUUAAUCAUUCAGUGCUGGCCACUAAUAAUAUAAUGGCAAAAUGUACCCCUCCCUCAAGGUCAGCCAGCCUCACCAGUUUCCCCAGCCCCGCAGGUAUUCUUGAAGGAGAGGUCACUAUGCCAUGACGUGUGGCUUCAGAACAAAACGUAUUUGCCGUCAACGGAGAUUAGGAAUAUACUUGUGAGGUCAAACAGUGAAGCCCCGGUGAUUGAUUUUCCGAAGAAACUGUUAGAGAAUCCUAUGAAUAUUUCUGCGACUUGAGGAGCGUGAUCUCUGGCUUCUGUAGUGUUUUCGUGUGUUUCGUGACACAGAGUACACACAUAUGGCUCGAAAAUCGAUACACGAUUACUUCAACGUAAUUAACAAGACAACUGAACAACGUGCAGAAGAAGCUGAAGGUACGUAGGCAUAAAUUCUGAGGAUGAGUUUAAAACCGAAGUCACAAGAUGGAAGCACAAAUGGAGUGGCAUGGAUCCGAAUGUGACGCCGCAGACUUUGGUUGAGACUCUUGACCACGCAAACUCCCAAUUUUAUCCCGGUGUAUAUGUUGCUCUCGUAACAUUGUUAACUUAUCCUGUGUCUACAUGCACUGCCGAACGUAGCUUCAGUAGCAUAAAGAGACUAAAAUCUCCUCUGCGAAGUACGAUGACGGACGAAAGAUUAAGCUCCCUAGCAAUCCUUCAUAUACAUAAACAUAAGAACGUGGAUAUUGACAGGUUGGUAACGGAGUUUGCCCGUCUUAAGGGUCGACGCCUCGCCCUUUGCUUGUGACCUGUCUUCAUUGUUUUUCGUAUUUUUUUUCUUUUCGGAACACUGUAGCUUACAGAAAACACUAGGGAAAUGGUUAAAAUAAACAACUUUCUACUGCAUUUUUUCCGCAUUAUUUAUUGAAAAUGCCCCGCAGAAAAACCAGGAGAUGGCAUUUCCAAGACCCUAAAUUUCAAAAUUUUCUGGGGGAGCAUGCCCCCAGACCCCCCUACUUGUAACCGCCUUCGGCGCUUAGGAAAAUUUAUUCUCGUGCGUUCAUCUUCAAAAUCCCACGCUACGCCCCUGUCGUGGUGUCCUUAUUCGCAUGAUGUAGGAUGGAUGUUACGAUUUGCGGAAAUUAAAUGCUUUUUAAUGAUGUUUCGUUUGUGUUUAGUGUGUCUAGCUCUGUCUAGAUCCUGUACUCUGACAAUGCUCUGUCCAGAGGCACAUCCCCGUAUUGGCCAUAUAAGGAAGUACACCCACCGGGUAACCACCGAAUGCAAACCACCUAGUACAAUAGCAAGGUGUAAGAAUACAGCAUUUCGUAAGUCAGAUAACUAAUCAACAUUAAUCUAAAAAAAAUGUUUAGGACUGUGACUAAAGUUAAAUGUUUGAACUAGCGGAGAUGUUACGUGCCAGCAGACGUCAUCUCCAUCUUUGUUUAUGAAGUACCAUGCAUAUUUUGGCGUUAUAUUGAUGUUGACGAAGUAAGUUUAAUUACUCUCAAAAAGUUAUUACAAAGUGCGAUGCAAUUAUUACAAAUUGUUGCGACAGCUUAGUUUAUUACAAAGUGCGAUCGACGGUUGUUACAAAUUGCGACAGCUUUUUUAUUACAAAGUGCGACACGGUAUAUUACAAAUUGCGACCGGUAUUACAAAGUGCGAUGGAUUUAUUACAAAUUGCGACAGGUAUUACAAAGUGCGAUGGAUUUAUUACAAAUUGCGACAGGUAUUACAAAGUGCGAUGAUUAUUACAAAUUGAGACAGUGCAGACGGGGAUGAUCGAAUGGAGCCAAAAGUCAAGACCCAAAAAAAUCCUUAGGGCUUCGAACAAAACCCAAAAAAAUCCCUGGACCAAAAAUUAACCCCAAAAAAAUCCCAUGCCGAUUUGGUGGCCCUUAAAAGUUCAGAAAGGGGUAAUGCUAUAACACAAAGAAAAACAUUGGAAAUUUAAACAACAGCAAAACACGUUUGUUUGUACUUUAUUCGCAGAACUACGCAGCCAGGGCACUACGUAUUCUUUUUAAUACCCCCAAAAAAUCCCUACUCAAAUCACGCUACCCAAAAAAUACUUGCCAAAUUUUCGUACCCAAAAAAAUCCCUGAAUCGAAAAUUUCAAACCCAAAAAAAUCCUUUGAUCAUCCCCGUACAGGCUUGAAAUCCCGAGUACCCCCCCCGGACACCGUUGAAGUAUCUUUCUCUGCCAUUCACACUGUUUGAACCUCCUGUAUUUAUCAUGAAUUCAAAGAUGCAUUUGAGGACAUAUAGCUCAAAGGAGUAUUUCAAAACCAUUUCGCAUUAUUUCCGUGUUUAUUCACUCUCGGGCUUUAUAUAGGCCGCUCGAUUAACGGACUGGUCUUCCUCUUCGCUGCUUUCGCUGAAGUUCAGGUCACCGUUCUUUCAGUAUUUAUAAGGUCAGUACACACUAGGCGACAAGUUGCAGCAACACGUCGCGGCGACACGUUGUAGCGACAAAUCGCUUCGUGUGUACUGGAAAAUUUUUGUGAAAAUCUUUGUCGCUGCAACAGAAUUUGUCGCCGCAACAAGUCGCACAGAUUCAGUCUGAUUUGAUUUUUUGCGACUUGUUGCAGCGACAAAAUUCUGUUGCGGAGACAAAGAUUUUCACAAACAUUCUCCAGUACACACGAAGCGAUUUGUCGCUGCGACGUGUCGCCUCACCUUGUUGCUGCAACUAGUCGCCCGACCUGUACACAUGGAGUGAUCUGUCGCCGCGACGUGUAGCAGCAACUUGUCGCCUAGUGUGUACCGACCUUUAAACCUUCCAUGGCAAGGUUUUACAGCCACUUGUCCAAUCGGGCACUGUUGUGUUUGCAGCCCGCGAUUAUUUGCCUCAGAAAUAUUUUGCGAUUUGCCCCCGUACUAUAAACUGAGGGGGCGCUUUCCAUUCAACAAAAAUACCGGUUUGAAAUUUCGGAAAUUUUGCUUGCUCAAUGGAACGGUACAUUCCGGUUGCACAGACCCGGCCCAAGCCACCGCGCGUUUUGUUAUUGUGGCUUCGCAGCACACUCAUAAUUACGCUCUAAAAGUGAAAGUAAAAACUGUUUAUAUCCUAAAGAACACUCGACUGUGGAAAAGAGGCGGUGGAAAACUAAAGGCGGAGGAAUCCUAUUUCGUGUAGAAAGCCUAUGAAUGCAAGUGAAGGUAAAAAAUUCUUGUGAAUUGAAGCGAUACGUUUCUCAGAAUACUCGAACGAUUCGAAGCAAUUCCUGGAACUGUACGGCAAAUAAAUUCGGUGUUUUGGCCAAUUUGUAUCAAGCCAGGCUUUGUUGUAUUCAUUUCAGCUUAAUUAAUAAAUUACUUUAGUUAAAUAUCGUCGACAGGUUUCAGACCAAUAAUACGCUGAUUCUCACGGACUUCCCGAAGAGAGGAGGAGAUGGGGCCUCGCCCUCGCACCUACCGUAAGGGUUACUAUUUCUACUCUCCCCAAUCUUCCACUGUCAUAAAAUCAAAGAUGGCAACUACAACAAUAUUACGAACACGAACAAGGUUUCGCCCACCCAAAAUACGCCUGCACUGCAGGCUAGAUUUAUCCUCGCGUGACACGCGCAGCGGGCGCGACAAAAUUAUAAACUCGCUUCGCUCGCCGCCUACGGGCCGCUCGCUCCGCGAGAAUCAUCAAAAUAUAAAUGCAGAUCGAAGUGCAGCUGAGAAAAUUUUACACGGGACGCUCUAAUCCAAAAACCCUAAGAUCUGAAAAGUCCUCAUACCCCAAAACUCGAAAACGAAGACCCUUUAUGGUUUUUUACUGUUAAGAAUAAGAAAGAAAACUUUCAAAAGUUACACUCGUUCUCCCCAUCGAUCCCCAAGGAGGCCUGUCAACCGGAAGUGAAUUUUUUUCCUUCUUGGGCAAUUGUUUUGUCCAAAUUUUUGAACAAAUUGGCUUUUAACAAGAGCCAUUAGGGCUCUCGCUUUUAAUUUAUAAAAGUAAAUAAACUUAGCGAUACAAAUUUAAUAGCUUCGAUCAGAAAAUGAUUAGCAGGUACAGUGAAACCCCGGGGGGGGGGGCACUGCCAUAUAUGGGCUAUAUAGGUAUGUGCCGCUGUGAAGGCUAUGGUUUUCAAGCAGUUUACUCUAGGAUAGGGUAUAUAAAUCAGAGCGUUUGGGUCUAGAAUGGGGUAUCAUUUUUCAGGAAACUGAUUAGUUGGUUGAAGAUUUUAUCUAGACUAGGUAAACAGCUACUCUAGGAUAGGGGGAUUUGGGGAGUUUAGCCUAGCAUAGGGUAGCAAAAUUCAACUGAACUAGCUCUGGUAUAGGUUAAGGGUUCCAAGGUCCCAGCGGCACAUCCCCACCCAGAAAUUCCUAAAGUGCCCCCCCCCGGGAGUGAAACCUGUAUUAAGCGGACACCGUAUUAAGCAGACGAGUAGCCGAAGUCCCAAAAUUUAUUUCCCUUAUUUACUUUAAAUGAAACUUUUAUUAAGGGGACACCUCUAUUAAGCGGACGCGGACACCUAAAAAGUACCUGAAAUGAUAAUUUCUAUUGUUACCAACCUGUAUUAAACGGACACUGGAAAUGCGAAAGAUUGCACAAGAUUGCCCCAAAUUGCCACCCACAACUUUGUCGAUUUUCACAUUAAAAAACGUGACUUGUCGAACCUAUUUGAUUAGUUUCACAGUACAGUCCUGGGGGAGGGGGGGACUCCGCACACGAAAGGGGUGGGGAUGCUCGUCGUCUCGCUUAGGGGUGUAAAUUUCGGAGUUUGGUCUCACUUAGGGUCUUCUGGACAAAACGCCAUCAUAUUUAGCGGUGAACUCGUUUAGGGUUGCACGCGAAAAAAUAUAAAAAUAUAUAUUUGAUAUGUUUAUUUUUAAUUCGUUUUAUUUACUCCAUUCAUAUCAUCCAAGUGUCUAUGUUUGAACAUGGUCUCUUUUAGGGGUCAAAAAAAGCUGGGGCCACGCCCAGAUCGGUCUCCUUUAGGGGUUUAAUUCAAAAUUUCCGACGAGCAUUCCCACCCCUUUCAUAUGCGGAGUCCCCCCCCGGGAUUACAGUAUUGUUUUCUAUUUCGUUUUGCUUGUAUAAAGCUUGUUUCAAUCAUCUGAUUUCUUCAAAUUUGAGUUGCAAUCUGUGUUUAUGGUACUAUGAUUAAUUGGUCCACUUUGAUAAAGAAACUAUUGCAAACGUAUACCGAAAAGUCUCUGAGAGUAUUCUUAACAUUUCCACUGUUCAUUUGAAUGGCAUUUGACACCUAAUAUGACGUUAUCUAUCACAACCUGUAUUAGGCGGACACCCUGUAUUUAGUGGACACUACAGCAUUCCCCGAGGGUGUCCGCCUAAUACAGGUUUCACUGUAUAAAGCAAAAAUGUAAACCCCUGGGGGGCUCCCACGUAAAAGUAACGGGCAUGCUCGUCGUCUCGCUUAGGGGUGUAAAUUGCAGAUUUUGGUCUCGCUUAGGGUGUUUGGGACGGAAAGUCACUAUAUUUGCCCAUUCAGGUAUCGCUUAGGGCUGUGCAUAAAGAAAUUUACAAAAAAAUACCGUAAUGUCAUCGAGUCUAGUAUGGUCUAAUUUAGGGGCCAGUUUAAGCUUGAGCCACACCCACAAUGGUCUCCCUUGGGGGUUUAAUUUUAAUUUACCGACGAGUAUCCCCAUCCCCCCCCCCCCCACCCCCAGAGUAAUCCCUCCACUAUUCCUCUUUGAAAUAACACAACCGCGCUGAAAAAGCUACCGUAGUAAGGCCAGCGUACUUCUAAAUAUAGAUGAGCUACAUAUCCCGUUUUUGCUGUUAAAUUGGGUAUAUGUCGAUAUGGCCAUUGAGCACGGUGGACGUGACCUAAGGACUGAGUUACCUGCAAAUACACGGGAAUACAGCCGCCUCAGUCAUCAACUCACAUCGGUGAGUUACAGGCUACCCUAGGAACGUACAACUUCAAAGACCUGAGCUCUUCCACAAAAAUCUCACCCACCAGUGGCAUCCAUUACCUACAAGUCAGUUCUUGAAUGAUAGAGAUAGGUUUAGAUAAGACAAAUCUAUUUUAUACUAACUCAAGCAAUAAUUAACUUCUCAUUGUCUUUCCAAUUUCAGCUCAAGCUGUUGCUGUCUUGUCUUCCGCAAAAUAUGCUGGAGAGAGACUUAUAGGAAGUACGCUUAAUAAUAUAUAAUUGAGCUAUGGAGCCUUUUCCCAUCUCUGCAGCGACAGUCGUCAGUAUAUACUGAGAUAUCUUUCUUUUUUUCUCUUCUUCUUUUUCCGGUGAUAAUUCAAUCUUUUCAGUAAAAGGUAAAUUAAAUAAAAGUUUAAAAAAUGCCUCAAACGUUAAGUUACCGCGGGGAAGGUUUCUAACAGAAUGAUCUGCUAAAAAAGCGAAUUAAUCAAAGAGGAAGGAGAGGGAUGAAAAGAGUAAGGGUUUAAAUGAUAGUAAAUAAUGGUGAUAGGACCGAGUGGAUCUGUAAUCAAGAGUGAUUAACCGACGACACGAAGUUGUGUUACCAAUUAAUCACAACUAUAACCAAAUUUGUUAUAUUUUGCGCUUUUUCAAAAUAAAACACAAGAAAUUCCGAGAGUUUUUUUCCAAAAAAAGUAAAAAACAACUGAGCCAUUUAAGUGCGCGCGUGCGAUGGCGCGUACUGUCCAAUUAGUACUGAAAUCAGGACAGUUGAUAGCCAAUCAAAUUUGAGAAUUUUGUCAUAAUUUUGAUUAAUGAAAUUUCCCCAUAAUUAGAUGAAUGUACCCAAUGGCCCAGUCAUAACAUUAGUUUACUGAUAAUCUUUACAGCCGUUACUCCUUACUGCACUUUCCGUAAUGUUGCCGGUGCUACAGUAAUCGUCACCACCUGGAUGAUCCUUCGCAGGAGUACCAACCUUGAAGAAUUCGUAACAUCUUUCACUGAAGCCGUCCUUCCUGCUGCCAACACCUUGCGAGCAAUCAGUGAAGGUUCGAUAUGCUUCACAAUUCAGGCAGAAAACAGCUCAGCUCUUGAGGCACUGUGGAAACAGUACCAGAAUGGUGCUCUGCGUGACAAGCUUCAAGAAUUCCUGGUGACUGAUGAAAUCAAACAACUCGCAGGUGGAGAGGAAGUAACACUGGAGGUUCAUAUUGACGAACAAGACUAUCACAAUGCCUGUUUUGAUCUAAUGACAACUGAAACACGAGGUAAUUUAAGCUGACUAGUAGAUUUAGUUGCAAAAUAGGUCUAAAAGAGUGUUUCAAAGAUCUUCAUACAUCAGAGUGGGGCGUGAUAAGAAAAGUCAUGGAAAAAAGCCCGGAGGGGACACACCCUGCACUAAAGAAAACUGAAAAAGAAUUGAAAAAUAUAUUUUAAAUGAAGAAUGACUUAAUCGCAAUUAAUCUAGCUACUCUAGCUCUCAUUUGGCUGGCUGGUUAUGAUACCCUGCUCGAGGUGACAGAUAAUAUUAAAGCUAUGCACAGGUUAGUCUCCUUUAGGGUUAAGUUUGAAUUUUUCGGCCAGCAUCCCCGUUCCCUUCACAUACUGCGGCACGGCCCAGGGAGAAAAGCCGAACAUACCUUUAUCUCAGUAGUAUUUUCAAGCCCAAUGAUCCACCAUCCUUUUUGUUCAUUUUGAUCUUUUUCAUGUAAACAGCCUUAAAAGUCGAGGAAAAUGUCCCUGAUAGACAAAGAAGUCGUCGAAAUUCUGAUUCAGUUGAAGAAAACGAUGUGCCAGCCGUCUUCCCGCAGACAAAGGAAAAAACGCAUCUCAUGGACUCAAGGGAUCCGGGUAAUCAAUAUUGCGUGAGAAAUAUGGAUCUUCUUGAGCCCGGUUCAGACGCCGAACUUUUCAUGAGCUGAACUUAAUAUACUGAAUUAAGUGCAUGAAAAGUUCGGCGUCUGAAUCAGUUAGGAACGCCUGUUUCAAAUUGGAACGGCUCAGUCGUUCUUUUCGCCUAGCCCGGCCGUGAAUUUCGCCUUUGGGCAGUUUGGAAAAGCUUUGAUUCAAACGCCGAACUUUCCAUGUACCGAACCUAACGCAUAAAUUAUUAUAAUGUAUUUUGUAAGUACUUUGACCGAAUUUUCGCCCUUUUGAACCGUAGUUCAGCUGCAAUUAAGAUCGGCGUCUGAAUCAAUUCAGCCGAUCUUACAUGUAAUAAUUUGGGUCGGCCUUAAUUCGAAUUAGGUUUCGGCAAGAGACUAUAAAGGGGACAGAGAGGGCAUCCCCCAUAUACACCCUAUUCCAUAGGUAAUUCGUCUCGAGUUAUUUUUAACACCCCAGAUCUCAAGGGGGAUUAGACAACAGCCAAUCACAUAGCGCGAAUGUGCUCCGCGUGGAUGACCCACGCUGAGAGCCACGCGUCCUUCACGAAAUGACGCAUAACAAAAUGAGGGAAGACGCGGAGAGCGAUUUUGCUAUUCCUUUUGUCGACGAAAACGACUACAGCGAGAUUUCUGCGAAAGCUGUGUCAGCGAAACCGAAAUUAAAAAAGAAUCGCCCUUCCUCUCUUGUAUGGAGCUAACAGUAGAGCAGGGAAAUCCUUAACACACUGAAAAUUCUCUCAGGAUCAUUUAUAAUUUACAGUUUGAAGAGAGCAAUUUCUGGUUUGAUGUUUAUUUUUUUCAGCCUCUAUAGCGAUUAUUCCUACCCACUUAAUUUGUCAAUGGUAGGCGAACCCUCCUAAAGCUGAAUUUCAAGGGACCAUAUUCAAGCUCAGAAAGAGAAAUGAAAUUUCGUCGUUGCUUAUUUACGUCCUCCAUAAAACGCGAAAUUAGGCAUUUUCACGUCGUAGUCGUGCAAAAACAGGAAAGAAAUGAACAAAAAAGUGUGUUGCACGUGCGAAGUUGUUGUUUUGCUAAUUAAAUCUAUUGUUUUUUUUUUUGACGUUCUAGUUGUCGUCCGCGUCGUUGGAUCUUAAACUCCCUAAAUUGUACAAACGACCGCUUUCAAUAGACCGGCGAAAUUUCUCAUUUUAUUAAAGCACUGAGGUUACGUAAACUUCGAGUUAAACUGAUUUCACGGGUUGUCAAAGAGUCCAGCGAUUCCUUUUUCCCAGGUGAGCGCCGACUCAUUUCGCUUCAAUAUUCAGGAAUGCUCUCGAUCUUUUUACGCUUUCAUUGCCUCUCGCCCGACAUGUUUUGCACGGCGUUUGGUCAUGCGAAACCUCCACGAAACAUCCACGCCUCGCGCGAGGUAACUUUAUCCCGAUUCUAAAAAUAACUCGAGACGAAUUACCUAUGGAAUAGGGUGUAUAUGGGGGAUGCCCUCUCUGUCCCCUUUAUAUUCUCUUGGUUUCGGCUCUUGACAGUUCGGCGUCUGAACCGGGCCUUUUUACUCUCAGAUAGUCCACUGAUUGCGCGUGAGUGGAGUUUGGAAUUAUCUGUUGAGAUGAGAGUACUUAAAUGUUGGCGCUCACCACGCAAGUAAAGUCAUUGAAUUUUCUGAGCGAACGCCAGAUUGCCCAGAAAGAAAGCUUUCAAAGCAUUUUCCCACCAAAAGCCCAUCGCAAUACCCAUGAUGAGGGGAAGAGAUGAGAGACUUAUCUGGCCUUUAAGGAUUUCGCGCUUUUAUGUGCGUUUUUUUUAUGCGGGAGCGGAGAUUUGUGAAUCGAGUUUGCACACAGUAACCAGCCUUGAUUCGCAUCAUAUGUAGGAAAACAACACUGAACAAACAACGAGCCUCAAAACCGUAAAAAAAAUUAUGGCCAUGAAAUAAGCCCAGUUUAUGUUCCUCUGUACGCCUUUCGCAAAUCGUUGUUUGGUAUACAGCCACUGGCCUUUAUAUCACCUUGCAUAGCUCAUCAGCCAGACUAGACGGGAUUCACCCUGUGCAUAUUCAACUGAUCGGGGAUUCGGGAUUCACCUGAUCACCGCAGUGUCCGUAAUAAAGAGGUUAAUGUUAUAUGAAUUUACUCUCUGGGGCCGAGAUUUAGUGUCCGUUAUCCGUAUUAGAAAGAGUUCAAUUACAGAGGUUUUUUUACAGAAUGAGAAUUUUGUAGGGACUGUCCGUAAUGAAGGGGUGUCCGUACCGAGAGGUUCUGCUGUAUUUCUUUUCUUCUUUGAUUCUUUUUCCUUAUUGUCCUUUUUUAUUUUUAAAUGUGUAAUGAAAAUCAUAUUAAGAAUUAUUUCGGCCGCCAUUUUAUUAAUUCAAACACGGUGGGAUGGCGUGCGGGCCGAAGUACAGGGUGCAAACUUUGAUAAAUCGGCGGGAAAGCGCCGAAAUUAACUGAGCUACAUGUGUGCUUUCCACGGUUUAAAAUGAAUUCCUCGCCGGGCAAGGCGAUAUUGUCCCAGUACUCCGUGGUUUCUUGCUGUCUUCUUCCCCUUCGUUGCUAUCGCUGAAUUUUAAAUCGCCAUUCUCGCUCCAGCGGAGUUUCGGUGGUAAAUCGUUCAGGGCGAGGAUUUUCAGCAACUCAGUGUUGGCACACUCGAGCACACUCAUUACACAAGUAGAAGCUCAUGUGAAAACUGUUGUGUUAAUCCCUUGCUCUUCAUUUUCCAGAGAAUAGAGCAUUUGAAGACACACAGGAGGAGAAAAGCACACUUAUGUGGAAAAUACAGAGAUUUUUUUAUGAUCAGCCACAGAUGUUCCUUGAGCCAUCGGGAAUAUCUGACAGCGGUGCUUUCAGUCAAAGUACGUUUUCUGAACUGCAGAGCGAAGAAGAUAAAGGUAAUUACCAAUUUGUUGUUGUUGUUGUUGUUGUUGUUGUUGCUAGUUUAAACUACACAUACUCAUGUACACCGCCGUGGUGGAGUUGUAUGACAAAUAAUAAAUGCGGCAUGUCUUUAUGUCGGAACUGAGAAGCUAGGCAGAAAUUUUUCUCAUAAAGUACGACAACACUACACGAAAAGCAUAAAUGGCCAUAUUUAUCACAAGGGAGAGAUAUAGUUAUUUUGUGACGCUAACUAACUACAUUUUCAUAUUUUGGCCCAGUCUUGUUUCCAAUCAUCCUCGGCGAUCUCAGACGUGACGUCAUCCGUUAAUCCAACCUAGCUCCCAGGGUUCUCUCUCAUGCUUCGCGAAAGAACCCUAGUUGCAGCUUAAGUUGCAGCUGGUCAUAUGACUAUCUGUGACAAUGAACUCCUCACCAGGGUAGGGCUAAUGUCUUUUAUCUUUAUCUGUGGUCCAUAUAGUAACUACCAAGUACCGAGGAUGAUGAAAUAAACCGUGCUUACGGUUUGAAAUCAGAAAUUAGGAAAGAAAAAAAAAAUCUGGCAUCCAUGGCCAGGGUAUGGAGCAACUGAAUAUGAGCUAAAACUCGAGGCAGUAAUAUGUAUACAUGCUAUUUGUGUUAAGGUAAAUAAAGGAGCGAGAAUUAUACUCUUCAUUACGCUUUCAAGAAGUGUUUCGAUCGUAUACAUCACACAACACUACGAGGUUAAUUAAUUAAAUUCAGCUGAGUAGAAUUAAGCUUACAGUUUCUGAUUUGGUCUCUUGCUUUGCUCAGGUUCAUCAUUUUAAAACAACAUGAAGAAGCAAAAUAAAUUCCCUUUGAUUCAUGUUUCAUAAUUUUUAAGGACUGAAGACUGGUUUCAGUUCGGUACCGAGGGUAGCCUGGGAAAACAGCCGACAUUUCACGACACCACCACUGGUUUACCCGCUAAAAAACGUCUGAGAAAUGUGCGAAGAAGUUUCAUACUGCUGACGUGUUACCACCCAGAACUGGGUAGUGCUUCUAAUUGGUCGUACCACGUGGGAAAUUUGCUUCAAGCAUUCAGAAGCACCACCCAGAUCUGGGUAGUGACGCGUUACCAGUAUGGAAUUUCUGGGCUCGUUUCUCAGACGUCAUUUCGCGGGGAAACCAGUGGUGGCGUCGAAAAGUGUCGGCUGUUUUCUCAGGCUAUAGCGAGGCCGGCCGUUCACGGCCGUUAAGUGCACUGACUAGUUUGCAUGAGAAUUCGGCGUUUGUUUUCCUGCAACGACCGGCGGUCUUACAAAUUCUUGAUGAGUGAAAUUCUUGUAACACUGCCCGGAUUCUCUGGAGAUGCCAAAAUUGAUUUAUAUACCUCUUCAUCUCAUGCAUGCAUGACAUGAUUUCGAAACCCAUAAGGCUGACGGCUUCCGGCUUUAGUUUUUCGGUAACCCUCGCUUCAUGCCACAGCUAAGAAGAAUCGAAAACUUUCAACGUAAAUACUUUCCGCGAGUCAAAAACAACUACAGCCGUUUUCAAGUCGAAAGCACGUGUAUAAUAUGGAAAACUUUGAAUAUAAAUUUGUUCUUAUGACAGACAUACUUCAAACGGUCAAAGUAAUCCUUUUUGCAACCUCUCCAGUGUAUUUUGUAUUUUUCUCACAACAGCGACAAUUUUAUACUUUACUGCCCCUUCCAUGAGGUAAAUCUUUGUUUGCCUCCAGGUUUUGGGGGUUCAGGUGACCAGCACGCAACCAGGAUUCUUUCAAGCAAGGGAGAGAACCCUAGGAACGAUGUUACCGUUAACCUCGUCGGGAUGUUGUCGGGAGGAAUCGGGAGGAUGCGCCCGGCCAGGGAAAUCCAAAAUGACUCCAAAAUGGCGUCGCCCCUUGACUAACCAUUCUGUGAGAGAAAUAACAGCCACUGCAUUUUUUUUAUCUAUCAUCUAAAACGGUAUACAAAUGAUUGAACUUACACAGUCGAUAAAAUGAUCUUCAAAGACCAAGGAAGAUUUUGUCGCGUAAUUCAGUCUGGGACUUUUUCCAGCCAAAAGGAGCCAAAAGGGACUUUUCUUUUCAUUUUUUUGACAGGCUUCGCGCUGGCUGUAGCAUUCGGUUUCAAGGCUCCUCAUGCUCACUAGCAUAGCGCUAGGGGGAUCUGUGGACGUGGCUGAUUUUGGCCUGGGUUGAGUAUAGUGAGUUAAGAGCUUCUUCCCGGGUUCCCAGGUGCAGACUGGGAAAGUGCCUCUAUUCUGCAAUGUGCCCGAAAGCAUUUAUCUCCGGAUAGAUCCCCCAACAUUUUUUUAGUUUUGCCGUAAUUUUGGCUUCGUAGAUUACUCUGAAAUAUUACAUUCCGUCACCUUAAAGACUUCACUGACUUGAAUUUGAAAAAGCUAUCAUUUAUCCCAAGAAAAACCAGGCACCGUAUAACUAUUCGAACAAUUAUGCAAGCUGGCGGUUUUAUUGUUCUCAGUUCUCGUGCUUAACUUUUUUUUAUUAAUUUUUAGUUCAUGCAUGAGUUAUAUGUAACGCUGAAACAACUAACAAUGUCGUUAGAUAUUUUAAGAGAUUUAUAUUCUUAUUUACUUAUUUUUGCCGGAUCCAUGGUGGUCAGGAGGAUCCGUGCCUCCACCCCAACUCUUGAUGGAGUCAUCAGAUAAUAUACUUUUCUAUUUUACGUAUUGACUAAGUGUUUUAAAAAUGAAAUUGCUACCUCUUAAUCAUCAAAUGUAACUUGUAUAACGAAAUUUGCAUUUAAGAAAGUUUACCAGGCCGGUAAAACAUGUGAACGGUGAAUGAAGCUAGAAGUUUGGACCCCCACAUAAAAAACGUCCUAGAUCGGCCCCUAAUAAUUGAGAGUUACUUAUUUACACAGAAAGUGUCAUGUCUGUUGGAAGCGAAAUGAGAGGUGAAGGAUUGGAAGGGGAGGUGAAAAGUCGGAGGCUGAAAGAGGAAGAAGCCGCUAAUGCUGAAAAGCUCGGAAUUCAGUUCAUGUUUAACAAUGCUGAUUAUCUCCAAGCUAUUGAAUAUAUCCACAAGGCUCUAACGAUUAGACAAGAAAUAAGGGACAGAAAAGGAGAGGCUUCGGCUCGUGUAAACCUUGGAUAUGUUUAUUCUUAUUUUGGUGACUACUUUAUAGCCAGAAAGUACAUUGAUAGUGCACUUGAAAUAACAGAAGCAAUUGGGGACAAACAAGGAGAAGCUAAUGCCUACGUAAAGCUAGGAAUAUUGCAUCAUUUUCUUCGUGACUAUGAAAGGGCUGUGGACUGUCUCGAGAGAGCAGUUAGAGUUAACAAAGAAACUGGGAACAAACAAUGGGAAGCUUUAGCUUAUAGAAACUUAGGAAUUACCUACCAUUCUCUUGGUGACUAUCAAGGGGCUGUGGAGUAUUAUGAGAGAGCACUUAGACUUAACCAAGAAACUGGGAACAAACAAGAGGACGCUUCAGCUUAUAGAAACUUAGGAAUUGCGUACCAUUCUCUCGGUGACUAUCAAAGGGCUGUGGUCUAUUUUGAGAGAGCACUUAGACUUAACCAAGAAACUGGGAACAAACAAGAGGGAGCUGCAGCUUGUGUAAACUUAGGAACUACCUACCAUUCUCUUGGUGACUAUAAAAAGGCUGUGGAGUGUCAUGAGAGAGCACUUAGACUUAAUCAAGAAACUGGGAACAAACAAGAGGAAGCUGCAGCUUAUAGAGGCUUAGGAAUUACCUACCAUUCUCUUGGUGACUAUCAAAGGGCUGUGGGCUAUCAUGAGAGAGCACUUAGACUUAACCAAGAAACUGGGAACAAACAAAAGGAAGCUGCAGCUUGUAGAAGCUUAGGAAUUGCGUACAAUUCUCUCGGUGACUAUCAAAGGGCUGUGGGCUACUUUGAGAGAGCCUUUAGACUUAACCAAGAAACUGGGAACAAACAAGAGGAAGCUGCAGCUUAUAGAAGCUUAGGAAUUGUGUACCAUUCUCUCGGUGACUAUCAAAGGGCUGUAGGCUAUUUUGAGAGAGCACUUAGACUUGACCAAGAAACUGGGAACAAACAAGAGGAAGCUUCAGCUUAUAGAAACUUAGGAACUGCGUACCAUUCUCUCGGUGACUAUCAAAGGGCUGUGGGUUAUUUUGAGAGAGCACUUAGUCUUAUCCAAGAAACUGGGAACAAACUAGAGGAAGCUGAAGCUUAUAGAAGGUUAAGAAUUGCGUACAAUUCUCUUGGUGACUAUUAAAGGGCUGUGGAGUAUCAUGAGAGAGCACUUAGACUUAACCAAGAAACUGGGAACAAACAAGGGGAAGCUUCAGCUUAUGGAAACUGAAGACUUACGUACCAUGCUCUUGGUGACUAUCAAAGGGCUGUGGAGUAUCAUGAGAGAGCACUUAAAUUUGGAAAAGAACGAAACUGGGAACAAACGCGUAAAAGCUCUAGCGUAUGAAAACCUAAGAACAUCGUACAUAAAGCUAGGUGACUAUCAAAGGACUGAGGACUAUCUAGAGAGGGCGCGUAAAAUUCAGAAAGAAACAUUGACAUAA